CGCAAAUUAUAGUCGAUUCUUUUUAAAUCAUCGCAUUUGGAAGGAGUCGCUCACAUUUUGUUAUGACAGAGUCAACAGUUUGAGGAUUUCACGGGAAAAUGACAUCAUUGGUGGCCUAUGAAGAUUCCGAUGCAGAGGAUGAAUCUUUGGAUCAAGGGGGAGAAAGGGGAAGUUUGCCUUCUGUCAAAUGCACCCUUGAUGCUAGUGGACAGGAAGAACAAAGACAGAAAGAUGUGGCGUCCUGUUUCUAUGGGCUUUCAGCUACUCCUUUUUCCAAGACUCUUGGUAAUAAAAGGAUGAUGCUUCAAUGUCAUAGCAAUACCUCCCUCCACCCCCCCAAGGGUGCCACAGUUGUGGAAGGAAACAGGGCUUCAGAAUGUAUACCUUCCCAUCCACACAGCUGUUUUGACGGCGAUAGACGACACUGCGCUGGUAGAACAGAAGCAGACAGAUCUUUGAGGGAAAUGGCAGCUCCUUUGGUUUUACCAGGGACCCCAGCAAAAAUGCCAAUUCAACAGAACCCUCCUUCGACAUCACACAGUUGCAACCAACCCUUCUCAAACACAGCAAAAAGCCACCAGAUGGCCCCAUCUACUAUCAAACCAUACAUUCCCAAGAGACAGAGACUUGCUACUCCAGUACAGAUAAUGGACCAAAAGCCCCCAGUAGAGAAUGCCUCAGUGGACCAGGCCAGAUUGACCCAGAUUCUCUCAGAAGUGUCUGAAAAGGUAAAACCAUACCUAGCCAUACCGCAGAAGCAUGGCAGAGCAGGAAUGCCAAAGAAGCUUCUGACAACACUAGGAGGCCACCAGGGCCCAGUAAACACAGUCCAGUGGUGUCCAGUGCCUCAUCUGAGUCAUCUUUUACUGUCUGCUUCCAUGGACAAGACUGUCAAGGUUUGGGAUGGAGCUGAUAGCGGGCGCUGCCUGAGGGUUUAUUCCUGCCAUUCAGGCGCCGUCCGGGAUGCCUGUUGGACACCUUGCGGGCAACGACUCCUUACUUGCUCCUUUGACAACACAGCCAGGCUAGUGGAUGUGGACACAGGACAGCAGAUAGUGAAAUUGGACAACCAGUUCAAAUUAAUGUGUGUUGCCCUUCACCCUACUGACCGAGAUGUGUUCCUCUGUGGGGGUUACAGUUCAGUGGUCAAUGCCUGGGACUCUCGCAACUGCAAGGUGGUGAAAGUGUACAAAGCAAGGAUCCAGCAGACCUUAGACAUAAUGUUUCUGCAAGGCGGUGCUGAAUUUGUAACAAGCACUGACUCUGUAAGCAGAGACUCUGCCGAUCGCACUCUCAUUGCCUGGGACUAUCAGACCACAGCCAAAGUCUCUAACCAGAUAUACCAUGAGAGGUACACGUGCCCCAGCCUGGCUCUACAUCCAGUGGAGGAAUCCUUUGUUGCCCAGACCAAUGGAAACUACAUGGCAGUGUUCUCCUCCCAGCGACCCUAUAAGAUGAACAAGAGGCGGCAAUAUGAAGGACACAAGGUUGAGGGAUUUGCUGUGCAGUGUGAGUUCUCUCUUGAUGGAAGUGUCCUGGCCUCGGGGAGUUCUACAGGCUCAGCCCACUUUUAUGACUACCAGAGUGCUCACACACUUCACACCCUUCGUGCCCACAGUCAGCCAUGCCUGUGUGUGUCUCAGCACCCUGUUCUGCCUUCCACUGCAGCCACUUGUGACUGGGGCGGUGAGAUCAAGAUCUGGCAUUAAGGACUGUGAAUGAGAAAUUUUUGGAGGGGAUUUUCACCUCUGGAGACUUAAUUUCCUAUUAUCGGUUUUAAUACAAUGGUGAGAACUUGCCCCAAAAUGCUGUCAGUUGUGUACUAUUAGCCCUCUUUUAACUGAAUGUUUUGAAAAAAUAAAAAA